AUGCACCAGGGCAGGACCCGGCCUCCAUCGCUGCCCCGCGGCCGGCUCGGCCCAGCACCCCCCCUCCCCGGCGGGGCCCUGCGGGCGGGGCUGCCCCUGGCGCUGCCUGCGCCCCCGCUCGGGCCGGCGCCAUCUUGGCGCGGGGUCCCCGCGCUCGGGCGGCCCGGCAGCGCCGGCGGGGAAGGGGAAGCCGCGGCCCCGAGCCCGAGCCCGAGCCCGCCCCUCACCGUGCCUGGCCCCGUCCCGCGGAGCGUCCCGCUGCGGCGGCCGCGGCGCCCCCGGACCCGGCAUCCCUUCGGCCGCCAUCCCCCGCGGAGGGAUCUUCCCGUCGGGACCCCGCGCCGGACUACUUACUUCACCGCACCGAGGGCGGAGGGACCUGAUCUCCCACGGCCACAGUCUCCGAUCGGGGCGCCCCCGGACCCGGCACCGAACCGCAUCCGGUCCCGGAGCUCCCAGCACCCGCGCCAAGAGGCGGCCUCUCCUGGGACUAUAUUUCCCCCGCGGAAGCAUCAGAGUUACCAUUUGUGCGUCUCACGCACAGGACGUCACGACGUGCGGGGAUGGUGA